AUGGCAGAUGAUGAUAUAGUUAUUAUAACCCGUGCCUACAUCUUCUCAGAAGACCUAGUCAAAGUGAGCACGCGUAUCUACGAAUCCAUUGUAAACUGUUCUCUCUUCGUCUAUUCACUUGUUCACGCAUAUGGACUUCUGGCAACAUGCACUGGUCAAGAGUCCCAACGAUUCCUGGUUGUGCGACCACGGCCUGCUGGCCAGAAGGAGUUCUUGGGUUACCAUACUCAAGUUUCAGAGUGUGGGCUUGAAGACGACUGCCCCAUGUUUCAUGGAAUCAAAGACUACAUCACACUAGUCGCUGGAGUUACCUUGACCGGGGCGGCUGCGACUAGAAACGAUAUCUCGGACAUAGCCAUUUGUUGGGAUGGCGGAAGUGUCAUCAUAUGCAGACAUCACGCCAAAAAAGCAUGGGCUUCAGCUUUUUGUUACAUAGCUGAUUGCGUUCUCGCCAUUCUUUUCCUCAAACGAACAAUACCGAAACCACAUGCAGCGUCACAAGCUUUUCACAAACCCGGUUCCACGGCUGCUGCUCAAGUUCUUACACUAUCUAUUCAUCACGCAGCUCCAGGAUUUUUCCCUUUGCCACUCAAAGCUCGUGCACCCAACAAAACAUUCCUCCGCAUUUGGCCUAUCAUCGAACAUGUCAAGGACAUCUUUCGACCUGAUUUCAUUAUAGUUCAGUGUGGCUUAGAUGGCCUAGCGGGCUCGCUCGGCUGGUGCAUGCAUCGCAUCAUCCGCGAAUGGCAAGGGAAAAAAUGUUACUUGGCGGAGGCUUUAGGUGGUUAUGACACGCCCAAUGCCGCGCAAGCUUGGACAUAUCUCACCUCUGUGGCAGUAUGUUUGAAUCUCAGGUUCUGGUUCGUCAUAUAUUGA